UGGGCCGGUAGUUGGUGACAGCUGUCAGUGCGGCAAUCGACAUUGUGCGUUUCUUCCUGCUUUGCCUUUUGGUUAAAGAAAAGCGAUAAAUUAGCGACUGAAACUGAGUGAUUUCCUUAGAAGUUUGUGGUCUACAACUUCUACUCUAAGCCCUGAUUAGUAUUAAUAUGAGUAAUGCACCCAAUCAAAAUGGAUCAGGUCUAGAACAGCAGUUUGCUGGUCUGGACUUGCAGAGCCGCAGCAGUAGCGGCCGCUACGUCCCCCCUCACCUACGCAACAAGCAAUCCGGCUCGGGAAGCGGCUCAUCCGCUGAGCCGGGCGGCUACGAGAAGGAGAGAGAUAGAGGUGAGUCCCGCGGAGGAGGAGGAGGAGGCGGCGGUGGCGGUAGAAGCGGCGACUUUUCCAACUUUAACACCCGCGGGCGGCGCGACCAGAACGGGGACGAUCGGGCGGACGACUGGGGCCGCAAUGGCGGCUCGCGCAACCAAGAUAGGGAAAGGGAGCUGCCGCGCAACGACCGCUGGCAGGAGUCCGAGAAGCCGAGGGGCGGCGAGCGCUGGAACCCGGACAACGCGGGCGGCGGCGGCGGCGGCAGAUGGGCGGACAACCGCCGCAAUGAGAGCGACUGGACAGUUCCGCUGCCACGCGAUGAACGAGUGGAGCUGGAGCUGUUCGGCACCGGGAAUACCGGAAUCAACUUCAGCAAGUACGAGGACAUUCCUGUUGAAGCAACCGGGGAACAAGUGCCGCAUCACAUUGCAUCUUUUGAAGAAGUACAGUUGACCGAGAUUAUCCGCAGCAACAUUUCGGCCGCCCGAUACGACACUCCCACUCCCGUGCAGAAGUACGCGAUCCCGAUAAUUCUGGGGCACAGAGACGUGAUGGCCUGCGCGCAAACCGGCAGCGGCAAAACUGCCGCCUUUCUGGUGCCCAUCCUGAACCAGAUGUACGAGGGCGGGCCGCCCAAUAUACAGCAGGGGCGCAGCCGCCGCAAGCAGUACCCCCUUGGGCUGGUGCUGGCUCCCACCCGAGAACUGGCCACUCAGAUCUACGACGAGAGCAAGAAGUUCGCUUACAGGGCGCGAGUUCGGCCCUGCGUCGUGUAUGGCGGAGCGAAUAUUGGCGACCAGAUGCGCGAACUGGACCGCGGCUGCCACCUCCUGGUGGCCACUCCUGGUCGGCUCCUGGACAUGAUCGACCGCGGACGCAUCGGUCUGGACCACUGUCGGUACCUGGUGCUGGACGAGGCCGACCGGAUGCUCGACAUGGGGUUUGAGGUGCAAAUCCGGCGCAUUGUGGAGAAGGAGACGAUGCCCUGCACUGGCGAGCGUCAAACGCUCAUGUUUUCCGCCACGUUUCCGCACCCUAUUCAGAUGCUGGCGCGCGACUUUCUGGACAACUACAUUUUCUUGGCGGUCGGACGGGUUGGCUCCACGUCCGAAAACAUUACCCAAAAGGUUGUUUGGGUGGAGGAACACGACAAACGCUCGUUCCUGCUCGACCUGCUGAACGUGGCCGACAUGCACCAGCCAUCUGCCGAAAGCCUGACGCUAGUCUUCGUCGAAACUAAGAAGGGUGCCGACUCCUUGGAGGACUUUCUGCAUCAGGAGGGCUACCCGGUGACCUCCAUUCAUGGCGAUCGCAGCCAGCGCGAACGGGAGGACGCAUUGAAGCAGUUCCGGUCCGGAAACACGCCCAUCCUAGUGGCCACUGCGGUGGCGGCUCGUGGACUGGAUAUUCCUCAUGUCAAGCACGUGAUCAACUUCGAUCUGCCCUCCGACAUUGAGGAGUACGUCCAUCGAAUCGGACGUACCGGCCGUAUGGGCAACUUGGGCUUGGCCACCUCCUUUUUCAACGACCGCAACCGCAACUUGGCCAGCGGCAUGCUCGAUCUGCUAGUGGAGGCUAAACAGGAAUUCCCAUCGUGGCUGGAAGGCGUGGCGUCAGACAGCCGCCUAAUGGGCUCAGGCCGAAGAGGCGGCGGCAAGCGGUAUGGCGGCAACGGCGGCGGCAGCAGCUUCGGCAGCCGCGACUACCGCCAACAGAGCGGAAGCUCUCAGCGCUCAUCGAAACCCAACUCGGGCGGAAACUACGGCGGCAGCAGCUACGGAAACGGAGGCAUGGACCGCGCUAGUAACUUCGGCGGAAACUACAACUCCAACAGCAAGGACGACUGGUGGUAGGGGGCCACAGCAAACGGGGGGCGAACGACUAAACAGUGCAUAAAAAAUAUAUUCAGCUCUUGUACUAUUUAGAUUUGAGUACGACACAUUUAUUAACCAUUAACCGAAAUUGCGCUGAUUUCAGGAACUCGUCGUAGCAAUGCUAUAGCUCAUUGAAUAUCCACCAUAAAAAACUAAUGUGAAUAGGUUUAUUAGGGGGGCGGUCCAGCCGCUCAUUCGUAAUUUAUUUUGUUAAUUUGACCCCGCCGGUUUUCAUCUAUCACUUGCUUGCCGGCAUAUUUCACGUUUUUAUUGUCUAAUUCCCGAAAGCAUACAGUGCAAGGCCCGAACGAAGCCCCAGUCCUUUGGGCUGGUCGCUUCGCUUGGUCCCGCUGUAUAGUAAUGCAUACCGUUAUUACUGUAGAGCAUCAGAGUGGCAAAAUAAAGCAUUUCUAUUAGUUAA